GAGGAGGAGGAGGAGGUACAAAAAGGGCUCCGCCGUCAUUCAGUCUGUCACACAGGACCACACACACCAAGUCAGCGGACCGUCAAUAUUUAAGCACCAUCCUGUGCCUCCUAUCUCCUCUCAGAUAUAUUCAACACAAUCAACACACCAUCUCAUUGAAAAGGCUGCGACAUCACUCGACAUCACCUGCAUCAUCUCCAGAGCUGAGUCUGAGGCAGGAGGACAGAUUUAAUUGAUGAAAAGUUUGCGAUUUUUGUAGAGAGCGAACUGAUCCACAAGAAGGAGACAUCAGUGUCGCUUCAUUUCAGCUCCACUGGAUGAAGCUUUGAGAGCGCACUGAACGGAAUAAAAGGACUGGGAGAAAAUGAAAAGGUGUUGCGGAGUUCAUCAACACCAGCUCGUCUUGCUAUUGGCUGCUGCCAUGGCGACGGCCCUGGACACUUCACACAACCUGGCCAGCGAGAGGAGUUCGAUAGAAAGCACAUAUGAGCUGACCAAAUACCUGGAGUAUCAGCUCAAGGAAAUCAAAGACAUAUAUCUGACCUACCUAGGCCCUCCAUUCAAUGAGAAAGACUUCUCCCCUCCACGGCCCAACAGUACAGCUCUGUCCCUGCCCAUCGCCGCAACCCGCCUGGACUUGUGGCACGGCCUGGAGAACCAAGCUCGGCUCGCCCAGAACCAGAAGGCCUACUCAGUCCUAUUGGCAGCCGUCAGGGAGUUAGCCCGCUCCACCCUCUGCCCUUCCCUCAAGACCUCCCUGCUGCACUUUUGCACAGGCCUGGAUGGGCUGCUGGGCUCCAUAUCUGCACUGAUGACCACCCUCGGGUACGGACUUCCUCCUCCAUCAUCUGCAGACAUGGCGAGUAUCACUGGAGAGCUGCAAUACCCUCAGAGGGGGGCAGGGGGUGAUAGACCAGCUCCACUGAUGAGCCAGAGCCUUUACAGGCCCAGAGCUGGGACGAGGACAGAGUCUGGUCAGCGCAACAACCAAAGGAGAAGCGGCAUGAGGGUGGUCAGAGGAGAGAGGGAGGACGGCGUGGCCGUAGACCUGGUAGAAAGAAGGAGAGGGAAAGAGGGGAGGAGGGCAGAGGCAGCUGGAGGAAGGAGUGGCGGGUCGAGGGAGAAGGGAAGGGGAGAAAGAGGGAGGAGAGGGAGGAGGGAAGAGCCCGAGAGCAGCAAAUGGACUGCCAGCGAAGACGAGAGAGUAGGUGAGGAGGAAGAGGAGGAGCUGGAGCGAGAGGCGCAGACAUGGGGAGGGAGGAGAAGGUUGUUGAGUAUUAACGAUGAUGGAGAGGAGAUGGAGAGGCUGCCUGAACCAAGAGUGGAAGUGUCGUACCCGGGCACAGAUGGCUCCAACAACCAGUACAGCUACAACCUGAACUCACACCAAGCAGACACACUCAGAAAAGAAGACGGGUUCAUUAUCGAGGGGAGCAGAGGGUUAAUGCUGAAGGAGGAGAAGCAAGCAGACAUGGAGGUUUCCUCCUCUUUCCACCAUCAACGUCGGCCUCCUCGCUCCCUCCUGUCCCCUACUCUCCAACCUCCUCUGUCCACCCUCUCCCUUCUUUACCAGUUCGGAGCAGGCGAGGAGCACACCCUCCUCUCCCAGCCUGUCCCUCUAUCUUUACAAAGGGGCACCUCUCUCCUUUCACCUCCUCUGACUCCACUCCUGGCCUCCUCCUCCUCCUCACCCUCCUCCUCCUCCUCGUCUUCGCUGCUGUCGGUGCGGCCGACAAUGAACGACUUCGCCAGGAAGGUGGAGGGAUUUUGGAUAUUGCGAGAGCUGCAGAGUUGGCUGUGGCGAUCGGCGAAAGACUUUAACCGCCUCAAAAAGAGACUCAGAGGCUGAGGCAGCACACACACGAGUGCAGUAUAUCGGAAAUCUAUUAUUUGCACAAAGUGGAGACGAACUGAUACAAACUAUUCAUGCUUAAUACAUUCAUUCAUAUCGUACUGGAAGAAGUGAAUGAAGGACUAUUUGGCAGGUCAACCAAAGUGCUAAUGGAAUAUAACACACACACAAAGCCAACACAUUACCAGCACUGUCUACACCCGCCUAACGCACAUAGCAACUCAUUCACUGAGACUUUGCUGAGUAACCAGACUUCACGGCUCAUAGAUCCACAGAAAUACCACUGUAGGUGGUUAGACACACACAGACACAAACACACACACACACACACACACACACACAAUCGGGGUUAGACUGAGUGACAGGCAGAGAGACAGACAGUGCAACCAUUGAGAGACAAAGCUGAUUCAAUGACCCCAGAUCUGUGAAUCAGCAAACAUUCAUUUUCUCUAAAGGAAGAAGGACAUUUUCUGAAUGGGUAGAAGACAAAAGGAGAGGGGGGGAAAUGGCCAGAGGGAUGAAGAGGAGGAGAGGAAGGAGGCAGAAAGGAGAGGAAGACGGGAGGGGGCGUGAGUCAGGGGAUGAGCACUGGAAAUAACGGGCAGGGGGGGUAUUGCUGAGUAAUCAGAAGUCUGUGGCUCAGUUACAGUAACUCUACAACAGCGCUACACAUACCGUCCAGACAGAGAGGUGGUCACACACACACACACACACUUAUUGUGGUGUUGGGUGCCUUAACAUACCAUUCACUUCUAUGCUGCUUUUGAUUCAGUGCUCAUUCAUUGGUGCCAGUUUUUAAACGAUUACACUCCGUAGCGAGAAAUAUUUAACACAUCAUCUUAUUUAGAUUAGAUUCCCUGAAAAACAACAGCUGUGUGUGAAGAGUUCAACAGUUUGGGAAAUACGCUUUUCUUACUGAGAGCAAGACGAGAACAUCAAUACCGCUCUCAUGUUUGUACAUUAAACAUCAAGAUGGAUAGCUUAGCUUGGCAUAAGGCUGGAAAUAGAUAGUAUGGCUCUGUCCAAAGAUGACAAACAACACCUUCGGACAUCUCCAAUGCUGGCCAAUUUCAUUGUCGCAAUCUCAAUAUGAAAUCCUGAAAGUUUUUGCUAGAGUUGUGUCUCAGUCAUUUGGUGUCUUGAGGUUGAAGAAGUCUGAAGUCUCGUCUCGACGAUGAGAUAAAAUCAAAUAUAAUUAAUAUUAUUGGAGGUUUUUAGUUUCAGCUCAUGCGAAUAGUGACGUUCAAUUACAUGAACAGUGUCAGCAACCGAUAUGUGCGCUCGUUCCCAGCACCAUCAGGAAGCAGGCAAUAUAAAGAUUGGCAAUGCUAGCACUGGGUUGCCGGUUGCCUGAGCAUCAGGUCUCGGUUCUCUUGGACUGUAGAAGAAGGAAGAGAAAUUGGAGGAGCUGUGGAGUGAGUGAGAGUUUCUCUUUGACGUGUCCUCCCAUCUGUACUACGAUAGAGUUGAGAAAGGAAGAAAAAAAAAGUGCACACACAAGAGCAGAUAUGGUCAAAAGCUGCUUUUGUUUCUGCUCCAUUGUUCAACAGUUUUUCUUCUUGUAAAUUUCCACCAGGUGCAGGAUGGGAAACUAUCUCAAAAUGAAUCUAGCUGUAGUCUCGUACAGUGACCCUGCAAAAUCCUCAGUCUUUGUAGUCUUAGUAUUUUAAAGCAAUUACACUAGAUCGUAGUGUUACUAUGGUGUUAUCGGUGCUAUCAGGGUUUGAUUAUGACGAAGCCUCCUGACUGGUCCAGCUACUUCCCGACUAAACCAACAGUGCAGUCAUUCACUUAUUCGACUCGGUCAGAGCAGUUCUCUUCUCACAUUGAGCUGAGUAUUGGGUUCAGUUCGUUUAAAAAAUAGCGACGUAGGGAAUGAGGGUUAUCACUCAUCGUCCAUCAUGGUCUACUGCUUUCCACUCUCAAGCCUCCAUACGUCUAUUCUUUUUUUUUUUUUAGCUCAUACUGGAUAAGAUCAGAUGUCUUAAAAUCAACCAGUACCUACACCAGCAUUUCCUUUAAAGCCUUGCUUUGUGUAGCUUUCAUCGUUAUGUGAAGUUAACUUAACCGUCUUCUGGCUUUAGUUAGAGACAAAUAAUUGAGUGGCAUCAAUGUUCUCAUGUAACUCUCAGAAAGAAAGUGAACAAGCAUAAAAUCCAAAAUGUUGAACUCUUCCUUUAAGUUACUUUACACAUUUUUUUGUUGUUGUGCCUUUUAAAACAUGAAAUCAGAAACUUUUCCCUUGGCAAUUUACAGAUGGCUUAAUUUUUUUUUCCAUUAAAAUGAACCUAUUGUUAUGUCUUUGCAAUGUGCCUUGGAUGAUGUGGCGGUUAUGGAUCAUAUCUCUAUAAUAUUUAUUGAACAAGAUGUUUAUUUAUUUUUCUCCAGUGUGAAAAUACUGUAUUGUAACUCAAGAGAGAAUAAAUACUAGCU